CGUAUGUAGUUGCAUGUAGGGCACUUUCGCCCAUUUAAAUUCCCUACACACAGUGGAAUAUCCAAAUGUCCAGCAACCCAGUAAUCAGAAGAGCUGUCAGCGCAGACUACACUGACCUAAUGGACAUUGGGGAUGUGUAUGGAGGUAUCGACUACUUCAUGGCCUUGUACCACGACUUUCUAGACGACCCUGACAUUUACCCCGUUGUUGCCGAGGUCAAGGGUCGAGCGGUUGGAUUCUACAUGAACCACAUCGUCGAUGGUGGGCUCACUGUGAUCAAACGUGCCGGGCGAGUCCACAACUCACACAGGGGUGCUGGAAUAUUCCAUUUGAUGUCCCAAGAGAUGGAGAGGCACCAGCAGGAGAAUUACCCUGGGGUCAAGUACGUGGCCUUGAGUGCCAGGAGGUCGGCUGCUGAGAGGGCGGCCAGGGAGAUGAAGGACCAGGGCUAUGACGAGGUCGUCUUGAAGCCGAUUCACAGAUUCAUCUUCGACGUCAAAAAGAUCAAGAGUAAAUUGGACCCUGAAAUAACGUCCCAUGUGUUACCAAUUACGUACGAGGACCUCAAAAAUUUGUUUGGUUUUAGUGAUGUAGUAGAUGCGUUAUUUCCGAAGAAAAGAUUGUUCAAUUUUUACAAGCCUUUUCGUUGCAUGGAGGCCAACAUCAAACACGUCAUAAGCGAGAGACAUGACGUAUUUGCUACUACGUCAGCACCAAUAGCUCGAAACUCUGAAGGUCAGGGACAUUUUACAGACGAGGUGUUGCGUGGUAUUGACAUGGUCUCCUUCUCCGAGCGGUUUCCUGUUCGUCAUGGUCUGGUGUACACGCUGGAUAUGUAUGGACGUGACCAGGUGGGUGACGUCACCAUCAGGUCUCACCUCCAGCGUCACGUGGGGUCUCUGGAGACCUUGACCCAAGCUGGCGGGACGCUGGUCAUCACGUACGGGAACAACAUCGAGGGCGAGAGAGUGUUUUCCAUCCUACGAGAGUUGGGCGUGGACGAGUUGUCGCCCGUUGUUGAUAGCUGGAAGGUGUUGUACGAGAAAUGUGUGGAUACACAUUCUGCAUCAAGUUAAACUUUAAGUUACCUUAUCCUCUACAAUUAUGAUGGAGUAAUGAGAUUUGUUCAUUUGGGUUACUGAAGUUUUACUCGUUAUCCCGUUGGACUAUUGCUUCUUUUUUGCGAGGGUUAACUAUCGUAAAGUUUUGUAGAAAAUAUUCCUUGAGCAUUGUUGUGUAAGACUAAAAGAGAGAUUCGCAACUAUUAUAAACCCUAAGAAUCGCCUUUAAAGAAAGGCACGAAUACAUAGGUAAAGAUUACCGACGCAUUUAGGAUACCUCACGGAAUAAACCUGGUCUUUUAGAAAAACUUUCGACCUGAUAAAAAUAUUCUUUGACCGAACGGAGACACUAGAGUCGGGUGCCAUGGUUACUGAGUGUAAGAGAAUUAAAGUCUACUCUUGGCCAUAAGCUCUUGUCAUUCGUCGAAAGCGCUGACUAAUUUAUCUCUCCCAUCAUUUGAUGGACCUCAUGGUAACAACGACGUAGUCUAGCGGUAGAAAGUACUAACCCCAAGACUCGAGUUUGAGAUCCGGACUUGAGACCGCUAGACGUCGCUUGCAAUUUAUGUCCAAUAUGUUCAUAUUAGGAGGUGGCAUGCACUUGGAGAGAAAGCAAAAAACCUUGCGAAACCCCGCAUGUCUAGCGGCUGGGAACAUGGGUGAGAGAAAUGCUUGGGUAUUAAUUAAGUGUUCCAGUCUGGCUGGCUAAUGAGCGAAAGCCUAAGCCGGCAAUUUAGCAUAUAUAAGAGAGUGAAAGAGAGAGAGGAGAGAGAGAGAGAGAGAGAGAUUGACUAUGAACUCUCGCACUGCUCCCGUUAAAUAAAUGAUUCAUCAGCGCGCAACAAAUCGGGGAAGUGUAACGUUUUGCAUCAGUAUCAUCUCUGCCAUUUGUCUGCGGCACGAAAGAAAAAAAUAUUAUGUAUCACAUAUAUUUGAAUAAUUUGGUCGAGAAAAACAAAUACGGGUAGGGAGUUAUCUCUUUUAGAUGAUUAUAUCAGGUAUAUAUUUGCAUGUAUGUAAUUAAGAUAUGGAGUGCCAUGCGUUGGCAUACAGACAGACACGUUGCGUGUACAGGUGAGAGAGGUAGUGUGGAACAACAAACAGGUGUGACUGUAUAACGGACACCAUGUGCAGUUUGUGCACUGCGUGGAGAAGAGCAGGAUUGAAAGUUGAGUGGUUUGAUAUUUGUUUAUAUUCUGUAAUCUUCUGUCUUUGUUGAUAUUAUUUUAAUAUAGAUAUGCAUAUAAUAUUAUAAUAAGCUGU